AUGCAAUUCCCCUCGCCUCUAGCAGCCCGGAGCUCCCCGGCGGCGCAGGCAGUAUCCUCCUCCGAAGCAGCUGCUCCUGCACCUGGACAGCCUGGACCCUCGUGCCCUGCUCACGGGGCCUCGCGCGGGGGGCGCCCCGGGACUUCCCCUGCGGGCCGGGUGGAGGAGGAAGAGGAGGAGGAAGAAGAAGAGAGCUUGGGCCAGGACCCCCACCCUAUCAGGAACACCUGGCUGCGUUACUGCCACUUCUUUUUAAAGGAGAGGCGAAGAGAGCCAGUGAGAGCCAUGGGGGGCUGCGAAGUCCGGGAAUUUCUUUUGCAAUUUGGUUUCUUCUUGCCCCUGCUGACAGCUUGGACAGGCGACUGCAGUCACGUCUCCAACCAAGUUGUGUUGCUUGAUACAACCACUGUGAUGGGAGAGCUAGGAUGGAAAACGUAUCCAUUAAACGGGUGGGAUGCCAUUACUGAAAUGGAUGAGCACAACAGGCCCAUACAUACAUACCAGGUAUGCAAUGUCAUGGAACCAAACCAAAACAACUGGCUUCGGACUAAUUGGAUCUCUCGUGAUGCUGCACAGAAAAUUUACGUGGAGAUGAAGUUCACACUGAGAGAUUGUAACAGCAUCCCAUGGGUCCUGGGAACAUGUAAAGAAACAUUCAAUCUGUAUUAUAUAGAAUCGGAUGAGUCCCAUGGGACUAAAUUCAAGCCAAGCCAAUAUAUAAAGAUCGACACAAUUGCUGCUGAUGAGAGCUUUACUCAGAUGGAUUUGGGUGAUCGCAUCCUUAAGCUCAACACUGAAAUUCGUGAGGUGGGGCCGAUAGAAAGGAAAGGAUUUUAUUUGGCUUUUCAAGACAUUGGAGCAUGCAUUGCCCUGGUCUCAGUCCGUGUUUUCUACAAAAAAUGCCCCUUCACUGUGCGGAACUUGGCUAUGUUUCCUGAUACCAUCCCAAGGGUUGAUUCUUCAUCUUUGGUUGAAGUGCGGGGUUCAUGUGUGAAGAGUGCUGAAGAGCGGGAUACUCCUAAACUCUACUGUGGAGCUGAUGGAGAUUGGCUUGUUCCUCUUGGACGGUGUAUCUGCAGUACAGGGUAUGAAGAAAUUGAGGGAUCCUGCCAUGCUUGCAGACCAGGGUUCUAUAAAGCAUUUGCUGGGAACACAAAAUGUUCCAAAUGCCCUCCACACAGCUCAACCUACGUGGAAGCAACUUCCGUCUGUCAGUGUGAAAAGGGUUACUUCAGGGCAGAAAAAGACCCACCUUCUAUGGCAUGUACUAGGCCACCCUCAGCUCCUAGAAAUGUGGCUUUUAACAUCAAUGAAACAGCCCUUAUUUUGGAAUGGAGCCCACCUAGUGACACAGGAGGGAGGAAGGAUCUCACAUACAGUGUAAUCUGUAAGAAGUGUGGCUUAGACAACAGCCAGUGUGAGGACUGUGGUGGAGGACUCCGCUUCAUCCCACGACACACUGGACUGAUCAACAAUUCUGUGACUGUACUUGACUUCGUGUCUCAUGUCAAUUACACCUUUGAAAUAGAAGCCAUGAAUGGAGUUUCUGAGCUGAGCAUUUCUCCCAAGCCGUUCACCGCUAUCACAGUGACAACAGAUCAAGAUGCACCUUCUCUGAUAGGUAUGAUGAGGAAGGACUGGGCAUCCCAAAACAGCCUUGCGCUGUCAUGGCAAGCACCUGCUUUUACCAAUGGAGCUAUUCUGGACUACGAGAUCAAGUACUAUGAGAAAGAGCAUGAGCAGCUCACCUAUUCUUCCACGAGGUCCAAGGCCCCCAGUGUCAUCAUCACAGGUCUCAAGCCAUCCACCAAGUACAUAUUUCAUAUCCGAGUGAGGACUGCGGCAGGAUACAGUGGCUACAGUCAGAAGUUUGAAUUUGAAACAGGAGAUGAAACUUCUGACAUGGCAGCAGAACAAGGGCAGAUCCUGGUAAUAGCCACGGCGGCCGUCGGGGGAUUCACGCUCCUAGUCAUCCUCACUCUCUUCUUCCUCAUCACUGGGAGGUGUCAAUGGUACAUAAAGGCUAAAAUGAAAUCAGAAGAGAAGAGAAGAACACACUUACAGAAUGGCCACCUGCGAUUCCCUGGAAUUAAAACAUACAUUGAUCCAGACACCUAUGAAGACCCAUCCCUAGCAGUCCAUGAAUUUGCAAAAGAGAUUGAUCCUUCAAGAAUUCGCAUUGAGAGAGUUAUUGGGGCAGGUGAAUUUGGGGAAGUCUGCAGUGGGCGUUUGAAGACACCAGGGAAAAGGGAGAUCCCAGUUGCCAUUAAAACACUGAAGGGUGGUCACGUGGAUCGACAAAGAAGAGAUUUUCUGAGAGAAGCAAGCAUCAUGGGUCAAUUUGAUCACCCCAACAUCAUUCGUCUAGAAGGUGUUGUCACCAAAAGAUCCUUCCCAGCAAUUGGCAUGGAAGCCUUCUGCCCCAGCUUCCUGAGGGCUGGGUUUCUAAACAGCAUCCAGGCCCCACAUCCAGUGACAGCGGGAGGAUCUCUGCCCCCUAGGAUUCCUGCUGGCCGACCAGUAAUGAUCGUGGUGGAGUAUAUGGAGAAUGGAUCCCUCGACUCCUUUUUGCGGAAACAUGAUGGUCACUUCACUGUCAUCCAGUUGGUCGGCAUGCUGCGGGGCAUCGCAUCAGGCAUGAAGUAUCUUUCUGAUAUGGGAUAUGUUCAUCGAGACCUAGCAGCCAGGAAUAUAUUGGUGAACAGCAACUUAGUGUGCAAAGUCUCUGAUUUCGGUCUCUCCCGGGUACUGGAGGAUGAUCCGGAAGCGGCUUAUACAACAACUGGUGGGAAAAUCCCUAUACGGUGGACGGCCCCAGAAGCUAUUGCCUACAGAAAAUUCUCUUCAGCAAGUGAUGCAUGGAGCUAUGGCAUUGUCAUGUGGGAGGUGAUGUCCUAUGGAGAGAGACCAUAUUGGGAAAUGUCCAACCAGGAUGUUAUUUUGUCCAUUGAAGAAGGUUACAGACUUCCAGCUCCGAUGGGCUGCCCACCGUCUCUGCAUCAGCUCAUGCUCCAUUGCUGGCAGAAAGAAAGAAACCACAGGCCAAAAUUUACUGACAUCGUUGGCUUCCUUGACAAACUGAUCCGCAAUCCCAGUGCCCUUCACACGCUGGUGGAGGACAUUCUUGUCAUGCCAGAAUCCCCUGGCGACGGUCCUGAAUAUCCAUUGUUCGUCACUGUUGGUGACUGGUUGGAUUCUAUAAAGAUGGGGCAAUACAAAAGUAACUUCAUGGCAGCAGGCUUUACAACAUUUGAUCUGAUCUCAAGAAUGAGCAUCGAUGAUAUUAGACGAAUUGGAGUCAUACUUAUUGGACAUCAGAGACGAAUAGUCAGCAGCAUACAGACUUUACGUUUACAUAUGAUGCACAUACAGGAGAAGGGGUUUCAUGUAUGA